AUGAAAAGGCUUUGGAUCUCUUCAGAUCUUCAAUCAGUAUAUAAAAUGUCUCGAAGGUAUGACAGUCGUACAACAAUCUUCUCUCCUGAAGGCCGCCUCUAUCAGGUAGAAUAUGCGAUGGAGGCCAUUGGGAAUGCAGGAAGUGCCAUAGGAAUAUUGUCCAAAGAUGGGGUUGUGUUGGUUGGAGAAAAGAAAGUGACUUCCAAGCUUCUACAGACCUCAGCAUCCACAGAGAAAAUGUAUAAGAUUGAUGACCAUGUCGCAUGUGCUGUGGCUGGAAUUAUGUCUGAUGCCAACAUCCUUAUUAACACUGCCAGAGUCCAAGCUCAGCGAUAUACCUAUGCUUACCAAGAACCAAUGCCAGUUGAACAGCUAGUUCAGUCUUUGUGCGACACCAAGCAAGGCUACACUCAGUUUGGUGGGCUCCGUCCAUUUGGUGUCUCUUUCCUUUUUGCAGGUUGGGAUAAAAAUUAUGGGUUCCAGCUCUACAUGAGUGACCCAAGUGGGAAUUACAGCGGUUGGAAGGCUGCAGCAAUUGGAUCAAACAAUCAGGCAGCUCAAUCAAUGCUUAAGCAGGACUACAAAGAUGAAAUCACAAGGGAAGAGGCUGUUCAACUUGCUCUGAAGGUACUCAGUAAGACAAUGGACAGCACUAGUCUUACUUCAGAGAAACUUGAAUUGGCUGAGGUUCUCCUUUCUAAUGGAAAAGUGAAGUAUCAGGUCUGCUCACCAGUUGCCUUGGGUGAGUUGUUAGUGAAGUUUGGAGUCACCCAACCUGCUGCCGAUGCCUCUUAA